AUGUCGACUGUAUCAAACAAACCUUGGUUCAAGAACUUUAAGCCUGUUCAAGAAUGGCAGUAUCUCAAGAUCAAAAUAUGGUCUGAUGAAGUAUUAGACGUGGAGAUCACAGAAGUCUCUUUUCGUAUGAGCAUACAACAAGCCUUGCAGUCCAUCUUUGGACAAGUUGGUGCUUCUUGCUAUAUCAAUGUCUUGGACUGGAAUCCAUACCAUAAUGAAGGUAUUAUCAAAGUGAAGCAGAGUGAAUUAACAACGGUUUGGUCAAGCAUGCUGAACCAUCAAUUCUUGAUUGCAAACAAGGCAUGCGCUUUGGAUGUGAUUGCUUCGUCUGCAUAUUUGAUUAGUUUAGCACAGUAA